GUUUUAAAAAUUAGUUUGUUGUAUUUAAAAAGCAAGUUAAGCAACCGGCGUUUGAGUUUCAGAUUGGGGCCUCAACCAGCUCCGAAUCUCCAACAUUCUUCAACCAAACGCGGCCUAGUUGGUAUUUCAGUUGAGUCCCGAAAAUUUUUGUGUUUGGGUACACAGUUGAAAAUAUUCAGGAAAUUCGACAGAAUUCGUCAAAUUGUGAACUACUUGUGUAAUUCUGGGCAAGUUAUAGUGGGAUUUUGUUGCACAACGGGGCCAAAUUUGGAAAAGAAAAGAAAAGAAACCGACACAGCCAAAAACAAUAAAACUUUGGUCAGAAAAUCAAAUCCAAGACGCGCAUUUUGGAGCUUCUUUUUUUUCCUUCUUCUCUGCACUUUACUGCACUGAACUGCAAACGGAGCUAAUAAAGAAUCUUCCAUAGAUCGUAAACAUUCCUUGAAAAUGACUGUGAAAUCUGAACCCCAAGUUUGUUGAUGCAGAAGAUGAUGGUGGAUGAAAAAAAGUUUGUGUGGCCCUAAAUGUUCUGAUAAGUCCAACUUGCUUUAUUGUAGUAGGAACCGUUAUGCAUUGAUGGAACAGACUUAGAAAAGUAGUGGGGAGGUGAAGAAAGGAGACAGUGAUGGGUGGUGUUUAUUGGAAUUAUUUUACUUCUUUAUGGUCUCAAUUUUGAAACUUUCUUGGAGGUGAGACAUGGGAGCAGCUGGUGGAGAGGAGAUAAUGCAAGGGCCGAGUGGCCGUGGCGAGAAAAUAAAUGUUUCAGUUCGGCUGAGGCCGUUGAACGAGAAGGAGAUUGCGAGGAAUGAUGUGUCGGAGUGGGAAUGCAUCAAUGACAGCACUAUCAUAUACAGGAGUAACCUUUCAGUUUCUGAGCGGUCCAUGUACCCAACUGCAUAUACAUUUGACAGAGUAUUUAGGAGUGACUGCUCUACAAGGCAGGUAUAUGAAGAAGCAGCCAAGGAAGUUGCACUUGUAGUUGUCAGUGGUAUAAAUGCAAGUAUUUUUGCAUAUGGACAAACAAGCAGUGGAAAGACGUAUACUAUGAGUGGAAUUACUGAGUACACUGUAGCAGAUAUAUAUGACUACAUAGAGAAGCACAAGGAAAGAGAAUUUCUUCUGAAGUUCUCUGCUAUGGAGAUUUACAAUGAAUCUGUCAGGGACCUCCUAAGUGCAGAUAGUACCAAUUUGAGGCUUCUUGAUGAUCCAGAGAGAGGGACUAUUGUUGAGAGACUCACAGAGGAAACAAUCAGGGACUGGAACCAUUUUAAAGAACUUCUAUCUGUCUGUGAAGCUCAAAGACAAAUUGGGGAGACAUCCCUGAAUGAAGCAAGCUCCAGAUCUCAUCAGAUUCUCAGACUGACAAUUGAAAGUUCAGCACGUGAGUUUCUUGGCAACGACAAGUCAAGCUCCCUUACUGCUACCGUGAAUUUUGUUGACCUUGCGGGAAGUGAGCGUGCAUCUCAGUCAUUGGCAGCUGGUGCAAGGUUGAAAGAAGGUUGCCACAUAAAUCGCAGUUUGUUAACUCUGGGAACUGUUAUUCGUAAGCUCAGCAAGGGAAGAAAUGGACACAUUCCAUUUAGAGAUUCGAAGCUAACCCGCAUACUGCAAUCCUCUUUAGGAGGCAAUGCUAAAACUGCCAUCAUCUGUACCAUGAGCCCUGCACGUAGUCAUGUUGAGCAAACAAGAAACACUCUCUUGUUUGCAAGUUGUGCUAAAGAAGUGUCAACUAACGCACAGGUCAAUGUAGUCAUGUCUGAUAAAGCACUGGUAAAGCAUUUGCAAAGAGAAUUGUCUAGACUGGAAAGUGAAUUGAGAAGUUCAGGAACAACUUCUGUCACAUCUGAUUCUUCUUCAUUACUGAGAGAAAAGGAUCUUCUGGUUGAAAAGCUGAAGAAAGAGGUCAAAGAGCUGACUUUGCAACUAGACCUUGCUCAGGCUCAGGUUAAGGAUCUGCUACAACUGGUUGGUGAUGAUAGACCUGCAGUAGUACCGGCAGAUCCAAAUCAUCUUUACCCCAAAUUGCGAGUGCGAACUUCAUGGGACUAUGAAAAUCAAAUAUCUGAGACGGCCAUUUUGGCAGAUCUUAAUAGCUUAGAUGACGGCCAUUCAGAUGGACACAGUCGGAGUAGUUCUGAUGAUACCUUGUUUCAAAUUCCUCAAUUCCAAGAGAAGCUCUUGCAAUCCAUUUCCACCCCACCCUCUUCAGUUAAUAUUCCUAAUUUUGUUGGAACUCAUCAGUAUCAAGAGGAAACAGAAGAACAGACUGAUGAAAAAUCAGAGGACCUUUGUAAGGAAGUUCGAUGCGUUGAGAUGGAAGAACCAAGCACAAACCUAUAUGAAGAUUCAAGCCCAGACAGAUAUGUAAAGUCAAAUAUAUUAGAUUCAAUCCCAAACAGAUAUGUAAACUCAAAUACGUUGUCUCCCACAGAAAACACAGCUACCUCAGGAGUGACGGUGGUCGAUAAUGGAGGUAGCCCAAAUCAAGAAUUGGGGUCGCCCGUAUUGAAAGAAGAUAAAGGGUUGAAUAGCUUUCUUCCAGAUUUUGGUGUUCCAUCCCCUGAAAAGCCAUCUCCAUGGCUGAUGGAAAAAGAUGCGCCUAGCUCUAGAUGCUUGAGAUUAACUCGGAGUAGAAGUUGUAAAGCGAGUCUUAUGACUAGUUCUUCACCUUGGUUUGGAGAGUUAGAAAAGCACGAGAACACACCACCAAUUUGGUUUGAGAGAGCCUUCACUGGAAGACCUGAGGGUCUUCAGAUGAAACUUGCUACCUUGAAGUAUGAUGCCAUCAUUGACAAGUUAUCCAGAAGUAAUUCUCAUACUUCAGGGGAGAGAGAUACUGUUGAUGAGCCUGAAGUGCAGGAUGCCAAAAGUUCAUCUGAUCAGAAUAGUAUCAGCAGAAGUACUUCAAUUACAGGAAUGAGUGGAAUGGCCGACUGUCAGUGUGAGACUCAACAUUCUGAUCAUGCGGUACUGGAGAUGGAACCAAAGCCCCCAGCUUGCAUAAAGAAUGUAAAAGAUGUUGGCUUGGACCCUAUGCAAGAUGAUACAGGUAGUCCUUCAAGAUGGUUUUCAGAAUUCAGGAGGCUCCAAAAGGAGAUUAUUGAACUCUGGAAUGCUUGCAACAUCUCAUUGGUUCACAGGACCUACUUCUUCCUGCUGCUAUUUAAAGGUGAUCCAGCAGAUUCUAUUUACAUGGAAGUAGAGCUUAGGAGGCUCUCCUUCCUUAAGGACAUCUUUUUGAGAGGUUCUCAAACUGUGGAAGAUGGUCGGACUCUAACACCCAGAUCAAGCUUGAAGGCUCUACGACAUGAGAGGCAGAUGCUGUGCAAGCAAAUGAAGAAGAGGCUGACUAAACAAGAUAGACAUAACCUCUACCUUAGAUGGGGUAUUGGGUUGAAUACAAAGCAUAGGAGGUUGCAGUUGGUACACCGACUUUGGACAGACACAAAAGACAUGGACCACGUUGCAGAGAGUGCCUGUGUUGUUGCAAAGCUGGUUGGUUCUGUUGAGCCAGAGAUGGCGUUCAAGGAAAUGUUUGGGCUCAACUUUACACCCCGACCCUCAAGCUGUCAUAAACAUCGUCGUUGGAAACCUAAUGUGAAAUCUAUCCUGUAAGCUUGUUUCUGGAUCACCAUAUGGAAAUUCGGGUGGAUGUGAUUCCUACCGCUCCAUCUUAUAUAGUUUUUUUUUUUUGAUCACCGCUCCAUUUUAUAUAGUUGAUUAUCAGUUUACAGAAAAUUUCCACGUUAUAUAAAUCUGAUUCUGAUUGCAAUUGAAUGUAAAAAAGCUUGUAAGUUGUGCAGGUUAAUAGUACGUGUAACUGUAAUCCCAUGCUUUCCUCCUUUCCUGUAAAUCAGCCUUCUCUGAUGACCAAUAAUCAAGGUGGAAACAUGAUGUCUAUAUACGGUUUCUUACCAAUAAUAUUGAAGUUUCUUGA